AUGGGAUGUUGUAACUCAAGAUCUUAUGAGCAAAUGACAUUAGAUCCAGCACCAGUAAAUACGAAACCAUCAGCAUAUUAUUUUCGCCGUCAACCUAAACCAAAUGAAAUAGAAGAACUCGCAGAAUCUUUAUCAUUAGAAACGUUUCAAAAGUAUAGAGCUUACAUGCUGAAGAAAAUUGAUGAUGUAGAGUUAGAUAAUUCAAAAGCAUUAUUGUUAAUGCGAUCUCUUAAACUAGAUAACGAGAAAGUUGAUUUCAUUCGAUUAUAUUCAUGUAAUUUCAAAGAUGUUAACAAAGAAGAUCUAAGGCUAACAUUUAGAAAUCCGAAAAAGUUUGAAGAAGCAGUAAGAUAUAUGAAUACUGCAGUUUAA